UCCGACCCCGACCCCGACCCCGACUCCGACUCCAUCUCCGGCCCCUACCCCGUCCGCGACCCCUACCCCGACUCCGUCCUCUAUAUCGACCAGGGUGCCAGCAGCUGCUGGCGCCCAGCCAAAAGCGGGAGGGGGUCGCGGUCGGGGCCGCGGCCGCGGCCGCGGCGCCACGCGCCAGUCACCAGGACACGAGGCUGAGGACCUCCCCGGCAAGAUGGUCGCCAUGGAUAUUGCUCAGACUACUGAGAAGAUCUUCCAGCCGAAGCCAUCAGAAAAGUUUGAGAGCAAGACAUAUCGCCUUCAACCGCCAAAGAGGAAGGCGGUGGGCGAAGCUGGCAGGAAAAUCAAACUCGUGGCCAACCAUUUUGACCUGAACAUCAAGUGCACCGAAGUGUACCACUAUGAUGUGGACAUUCAGCCCCGGGCGCCGAAACCCAUGAAGCGACGGAUCUUCCAGACGGCCAUGAAGGAAAACCAGCAGCUCCAACGCUUCUACCCGGUCUUUGACGGGGUGAAGAACAUGUACACGGCUCGGCAGCUGCUGGAUCUGCCGCCCGGCGAGCAGGCGAAACUGACCUUGCGUUACGCCGAGCCGCUCGAGCCGACGCGCGACUACACGCUGGUGAUCAAGCAGGCGCAGCCUUGCAGGGUGGACAUCACGCCCAUACUGCAGUACGUGAUGCGUGGCAGCACGGACGCCAUCCCGCAGUCGGCCGUGCAGGCGUUGGACAUCGUGCUGCGCCACUUGCCCAGCCUGCGUUUCACGCCCGUGGGCCGCUCGUUCUUCCCCGAACAGGGGGACCGCAUCAUCAACAUCGGCGGCGGUUGCGAACUGUGGAUUGGCUACUUCUCGUCGAUCCGCAUGGGGUGGAAGCAGCCGCGCAUCAACAUCGAUGUGGCCAACAAAGCGUUCCACACUGCGAUGCCCGUGCUGGACAAGAUGGGCGAAAUUCUCGGGAGAUCCUUCAACCCCGAUCGUGGCCUGCAGGAGUGGCAGCGGAAUGAUGUGAACAAGCAGAUGCGCACGCUGAAGGUGGAGUAUCAGCGCGGCAGGCAGGGCGGCAAGCGCUCCUACCGAGUCAACCAGCUGAUACAGCAGAGUGCCCGCAACGCCAAGUUCAUGGCUGAUGGGCGGGAGACAACCGUGGAGCGGUACUUCCGCGACACACUGAACACCCCUCUGCAGUACCCAAACCUGCCGUGCCUGUGGGUCGGCUCGCGAGACAAGAAAAUCUACAUCCCGGCCGAACUGUGCACAAUCAUCAAGGGCCAGGUCAACACUCGCAAGCUGGGUGCCGAGCAGGUGUCGUCCAUGAUCAAGAAUACGGCUGUGCCUGCCGACCAGCGCCUGAAACGCAUCGAGGGCUUUGUGCGUCAGGCGGAGUUCAACAAAGACCCGCACAACCGCGAGUUUGGCCUGCAGGUGGCCGACAGGCCGACCGAGGUGACGGGCCGCGUGCUGCCGGCCCCCGUCCUGCUCUACAGCGACAAGCGCACUGAGACACCGCGCGACGGUGUCUGGAGCCUGCAAGCCAAACGAUUCCUAGACGCGCGCAGCCUGAACAACUGGGUCGUGCUCAACUACGACCCGCGCACCCAGACGGAGAAGGUGCUUAACUUCGUUCGGGGCUUGCGCGAGGCCGGCGGUCAGGUGGGCAUGAGGAUUGCCGAGCCGCGAGACGUGGUGUGUCGUGACGGCACCAAUGUGGACCGGGUCGAUGCCGUCAAAGACCUGACGGGGAUCCGAGACCACUUCAAGCCGGAGCUGGUGCUGGUCGUCCUGCCGAUGAAGAACAAGCUCUACAACGCCGUGAAGGGCGCCGGUGACGUGGAGGUGGGCCAGCUGACGUCGUGUGUGCUCGCGAAAACGGUUUUCCGCGGCGACCGGCAGACAGCCACCAACAUAUGUCAGAAGAUCAACGCCAAGAUGGGCGGCUCCAACAACGGGCUGGACGCGCGGACCCGACCGAAGCUGCUGUACGAGCCCACGAUCGUGUUUGGCGCUGAUGUGACGCACCCGCCGCCGGACCAGGUGAACAAGCCGAGCAUCGCGGCCGUGGUGGCCAGCUUGGACGCCUCUUACCACGCCCGCUACGGCCACCGCGUGCUCGUGCAGUUCCCGUCCGAGGGCCGCCGCGCCGAGGAGAUGAUCGUGGACCUGAAGAGGGCCGUGCGUGAGCUCCUGAUCGAGUUUUACAAGUUGAACAACAAGACGAAACCGACGCGCAUCGUGUUCUUCAGAGACGGCGUGAGCGAGGGCCAGUUCUUGCACGUCAUGUCGCGAGAGCUGGAGCAGGUUCGUGCAGCCUGCACGGCGCUCGAGGCCAGCUACCAGCCCAAGAUCACGUUCCUGGUGGUGCAGAAGCGGCACCACACGCGUCUCUUCGCCGCCGAUUUGCGCGACACGUGUGGCCGGUCGAAGAACGUGCCACCCGGCACGGUCGUGGACUCGGUGAUCGCUCACCCGACCGAGCUCGACUACUUCUUGGUCAGCCACCAAGGCAUCCAGGGCACCAGCCGCCCAACUCACUACCACGUGCUGCACGACGAUAGCAACUUCACGGCCGACGACCUGGAGAUCCUGACGUACUACAUGUGUCACCUGUUCUCGCGCUGCACGCGCUCUGUCAGCAACCCGGCGCCCUCCUACUACGCCCACCUGGCCGCGUACCGGGCGCGCGCGCACCACGACAACUUCCUGCGUGUCAACGACAUCGGCGACGACCAAGCAGCCUCGCCCGAGCAGUCGAUCGCCGCCUGCUCGCCGAAGACGGUGCCCAUGUACUACGUGUAGGCGGCGCGCCGACGCGGCCGGACCGUGCCGGGCUGGGCGGCGCCGGCCGGCGUGAGUCGGCGUGCUCGCGGCGGCCGCGGGCGGGGCGCACGUACGUGCUGUCGAAGCUCUCCGCGGAGAGCUGAUGCACGUUGGCUGGACACUUCCCGCCAUGUAUCACGGGUGAUGGUACAGGACGUCGGGUCUUUUUGUUGUUCUGCGUGGUUUCCGUGUGCCGCUUUAUUGAAUGGUUCUCACAGGCUGUCUUUUUCUUACAUGAUCCAAGCGCCUGGAUCGCUUUAGUCGCGAAUGCUUUUCAGUAUCAAUCAAUAGGCUUUAUAUUUGGCAGUAUGGUGCUAGCUAGAGGACGUAGUCACAUCUUGCUGCGUGUUAGUUUUAAGAUGCCGAGCGCAUUGUCGUCAGCCUUAUCAGGUCGGUGACAUGUAUUCCCCCGUGAUGCGAUCUCGCCCAUCCAACCCCCGGCAACGCACACCGCGCCAGCGCCCCCGACAGCCCAGAAUGCACGCAUCACGCCUGUGACGUGCGCCCCGCAGAACGCGCACAUCUGUGACUUGCGCUCCGCACAGAAAGACAUACGCGCGCCUUGGCUCGUGCCUCCUGGGGUAGAGGCAGCCGCCGCCGCGCCGUCCACGUGCUGUUGGACGGCCGCUGCCCCCUCGCCGCCGGCGUCGCGGCGCCAGCUAUGUGAGGAGCGGCGCUCCGACCAGCGCCCGCUCGCUGUCCGGCGGGUUGGCGCGCCGCUCCGAAUUGGUGGCAGCCGGUCGCGCUCGCGCUCGGGCGCGGCCGGCCGCGUGGCCCCGGCUUACAUAACCGAACGAUGUCGGGCGCGGCGCGGUGGACGGGGCCGGGGUGGGGGACGGGAUCCGGGCGAGGCCGCCCAUCCGCACGGCAUCGCGCCAGCGUCUUGCGCUGUGGUUUGUACCAGUGUUGGGGGUUGUUCAGCGUGGUGAGAUGCGUGCUUCCGUUCCGUGGAGGCCCUGUGACUUGCAGUCCGCAGUGGCUUGACGAGUGUGAUUAAGCGCACGGAAGCUCACGUUACAGCGUUAACUGCACAUGACUUAACGAUGGAAAUUUGAAACCCGUUCAGAAUCUUGUCACGCAUGCUUUGGACUGGCGACCUCGCCCGGGGUGUGCAGUCAACAGUUAUUAGCGUGGACUGGGCUGGGAAGCCACACUAAUCGUUGGCUGGGCUUGUAGUUUACUCCCACCGUCUUAGGCUGCGCUUGUAGUUGAGGUUUUCGCAUCGGGAUGGGCUUGCGCUUGGUGAUAAUCGUCUGGCGUUGGGGCUGUACCUUACAAGUUAACGCAUUGGGGUUUGGCUUCAAGUAACAAUGGUCCCAGUAUGGCUUCUAUCUCGCAUACGUGCGGAAAUGGUUUGGAACCAAUACACUGCCCAGGCUAUU